AUGGAAGAUUGUAUUCAAAAUGAAUCUCUAGAAAGAGAAUUAGAUAAUGAUGAUUCAAUUCUUGUGAGGUACCUGCGACAGCAAGCAUCUAAAGGCAAAACCGAUGUAACAUAUGAAGAACUGUCGGAUACAAUCAUCGAAGGACUCCUAGCACCAUCCGAUGGUUUUGCUGCUACUUUUGCCAAUACACUUAUUCUACUUGCACUCAAUCCUCAAGUUCAAGAAGAAGCUCGUGAACAUAUUCGCUAUCGAACGACAUUCAGAUCUCACGAAACUAUUACAUUAGCUGAUCUUGUAGGACUCGAUUAUCUUGAUCAUAUAUUGAGUGAAUGCCAACGUCUCUUACCCAUUUUCAUGUUUAAUGUACCGGAAUUAACCAGUUGUGAGAUGACUCUCGGCGGAGUGACUGUUCCCAAAGAAACUAUGGUUAUGUAUGAUGUGCAAACAUUGAAUCGAAGUGAAGACAUAUGGCCCAAUCCACAUGCCUUUCAACCUGAACGUUUCGAAAAACUCAAUGAAAAACAACGAAAAGCCUUGCAUGGUUUUGGUAAUGGACGAAGUCGACGAUGUCUUGGUGAACAUCUUGUACGUAGUCUUCACAAGCUAUUUAUUGCUCGAAUAUUAAUGGCGUAUCGCCUUGCUCCAGGUGACAAUGCACGCAAUAUUGAUGAGUUGCCAAGAGCACGACGACCAUUCAUUUAUGUUCCACAUGUUUUUCUCAAAUUUACACCAAUCAAUGAUUAA